AUGUCGAAUCCCACCGCAGCUGCAAGUGCUCCUGCUGCUGGCACCAGCAACCCCCCGCCUGCUGACGACUCUGCCUCUACCAUUACUGUAAACACCAAGGCACCUUCCGCCAACUUUCCUCCCCCCAAGACGGAUAAGCCUCGUCCGCACGUCUGCGCAACUUGCCAGCGCUCCUUCGCUCGACUCGAGCACCUGAAAAGACACGAGCGUUCCCAUACCAAGGAGAAGCCAUUCGAGUGCCCCGAAUGCGCGCGAUGCUUCGCCCGUCGUGACCUGCUGCUUCGCCACCAGCAGAAGCUUCACCAGACAUCUACCCCGUCCUCGCGCCCUCGCAAUCGACGCGAGUCUGCCAGUGGUGUCACUCCCGCACAGAGCCGACGUAAGAAUAGCGUGGCCGGUGUCAACGCCGCUGGAUCCGGCACUACCGCGGCUUCGAUGCGCCCGAGGGCAAACACCAUCAGCCACGUAGAUGGUGCUGCGAUGCAGAUGCUCGCCUCAGCAAAUGCCUCGGUGGCGCGGGGCAUGGCUCAUAGCCGUCACCCGAGCCUGGUUGGACUCCCGGUCCAUAACCUGGAUCACGUCUUUGGUGGCAUGUCUGCUGUUCUGGGCCAGAGAGGACUGCAGCAUGGACUCCCCAAGCUGGAGACGUCACAAAUCGGGAACAACGACUUUGACGCUGGUGGCCUGAGGACGGCGCCGCCCAUGGCCGUCUUCAACCCAGAGUUCGACUUUGAAGGUCUCUUUUUCGGGCCAGCAUCUACAAUCAACCCCAAUGCUCUGCACUACAAUGACUCUCCGCAGUCAAUGGCCCUGGACCAGACAUCUCAGUUCGGUCAAGGUCUGAACGACGUUGCCACGACGCAGCACUUUGAUGACAAUCUUGACUGGGUAACGGGCUUUGAGCAUCAGAUGUCAUUCAACACCAACGAGCACGUGAUAGACGGAUCGAGCCCGUCUGCUAUAAGCACGACGAGUCAGAGUGGGAUUAGCGAUGUCAUGGUAGAUGGAUCAAACCACCCGGCCCCAGCUGGGACGAGUACCAUGUGGCAACCUUCCGUCAUGGGACCCCCGCAAAUGCCGAACCCGUUUGCGAUGGAUUUGAAUGGUUCAGUCUUUCCAGACCUCCUUAGUGGUGCUCCAUUAUCACCUCAGCCAGCUACUCAAAAGAUCAAUGACCCGUACUUCUCCGCGCCUCCAACUUCGCUGAGCUCGCUGAGCACUUCCGUCGUAUCUGGAAUAAAUUCUCAGCCCCUGAACCCUCCCCUCGGCCUCGACGCCGCACAGGAAACUCCGCCAUCCCUCAACGGGGGGAACCACGCCGCGCCUCCCGUGACAACUAUAACAGAUGCCACCCGGACUGCUAUCGUGACUAUUCUUUCCCACUGUCUGCCCUUUGGUAGCCGUAAAACCCCUUCUUCAUUUUCUUCUCCAGGCUCGCCGUUAUCGCCUCAAAGCCAGCCGGGCAGCAGCUCCUCGUCGUACCGGGCUAUCGACGUUCCCAGUACCCAGGAUCUCCAGAGAUAUGUCAAGGCUUACUUGACAUGUUUUCAUCCGCAUCUCCCAUUUUUGCACCUUCCUACGCUGUCUUUUGACGUGUCUCCCGAUUCAAUAGGUCGUUUUAAUGGCGCAGGCGGCAAUGGAUGCCUGCUGCUUUCCAUGGCUGCAUUCGGCGCUGCUUACGAGAUGGAACAUGCUCAGUCCAAAGACUUGUUUGACAUGGCCAAAAAGAUUGUCUUUUUUUAUCUCGAGGAAAGACGCAAGUCAGAUGUCCGCAGAGCCGAUGCACGACGGAGCACCAUCUCUACAGACUCAAAGGUCCAACAGAACCAGGCGCAAUCCAGCACACCGUUGUGGCUCGUUCAAGCUAUGCUUCUCAACGUCGUCUACGGCCACACCUGCUCCGAUAGAGUGACGAGUGAGAUCGCGUCGACACAUUGUGCUUCUCUGGUCAACCUCGCCCAGUCUGCCGGCUUAAUCAGCCGAGGCAAGGGCAGCGCGCCAACCAAGCAAGAUGUCCACAUGACUGAUACCGGUAGCUGGACGCACGUAUCUGAGCAGGAAGAACAUGAAAAGUGGCUCCGGUGGAAGUCUAUGGAGGAGCGUAAACGCACGGUAUACGUCAUCUUCAUCCUGUCCAGUUUGGCUGUUGCCAGCUUCAACCACAGCCCGGCCUUGAGCAAUUCCGAAAUAUCACUGGACCUUCCGUGCGACGAAGAAUUCUUCGCUGCGGAGUCUGGUGACGUCUUUGCCUCACAGGGAGGAGUGGAAGCGGCAAACCACAACCGCCUCACUUUCUUUGACUCACUGGCAGGUCUUCUGCGCACAAGCGAGAGACAACGCUCCGUGGGCAACAGCAAGGCUCAGUUCGGAUCACCAUUGACCACUGCAGACGCACCUCUGACGAAUCUGAGACCCAGCACGUUUGGCUGUUUGGUGCUCAUAUACGCGCUACACAACUACAUAUGGGAGACCCGACAACGCCACCCCAGCGGGACGUGGACUGUCGCAGAAACCGAAAAGAUGCACGCGCACAUCGAACCGGCCCUCAUGGCUUGGCAGAUCGCAUGGUCCAGCAACCCGCAACACAGUAUUGAGCGUCCAAAUCCGUUUGGCUUGGGACCAAUGUCUGCAGACGCGAUCCCUCUUCUGGAUCUCGCGUACGUCAAGUUGUUUGUUGACUUUGGUCCGGCCAAGGCGAAAGUUUGGCAACGAGACUGGGAUGGCAUGAUCAAGGAGCUGUCCCGAGUCUGCGAGACGCAGGAUGAAGCACGGUCGCCAACUUGUUCCGAAUCUGGCACAGACCCGUUGUCCAGCUCGGUCAUGAACUCCGGAUUCAUGGACUCGCCGGCGACGCAAAGCUCCCUUAGCGGCAUGCAUGUUGACAAGUCUUUCGACGGCGAGCAGGAAGCGAAUGGUACGGGGCGGAGCAUAUCACGACGAUGCGAGAGAUACCUAAGAACAGCCUCCUUCUAUGCUGUUGACUCUCUAUCCAUGUCGGACAAGCUCGGAGUCACGUUUGCGGACAAGACUAGCCACGAACUGCCCAUGCAGACUGCUAUUUGCGCUGCUGAAUGCGCGCAAGUGGUUGCCGGGUGGAUGACGAUGCUCCAAGAGCGAGUCGGCCCGUACCUAGGUAUUGUGGGCCAAGAUGAUAUGGAUUUCAGCCAGGUCCCUGCGAUUAUCCUCUUGGAGGAAGAAGAUAUUAGGCUUUUGGACAAGGUCAGAGACAUUUUGUCGACGGCGGAGCUGAAGAUCAAUAUGCGGCUAGGAUCGAAUGCUGAAGGCGCGACCAGUGGACAUGAGUCUGUCUUAUCGCCGGAUGGGUUCACUGGCUAUGCGUCUCAAAUCCUUCGUCUCGCGGCGUGGAUGGUAAGCAAAUCCGGGGUUUGGCCUGUGACUCAUGUUGCGGCUCAUGGGCUGGAGACGUAUGCGAAUCACUUGCGAAUGAGGGCAGAAAAGUCGGUGGCAGGGUCCAUGCCGCUGUCUAUGCAAGACGUAUGA